UGUUCAGAGGAGCCGCUGCGGCUGGAGGGAAUUUCAGACAGUGCUCCCUGCUUGGACAAUUUUAGGACACUCUCUAAAAAAUUAUUUCUUGUACCUCUAUGGAAAUGAAGGACAUAUUCACCCCAGACUGAAAACGCGCCAUUAGGACAUAUUUCUUAAUUUUUCCAGAGUAUACAGCAACUUUUAACGAUUUUCUUCGCGUUUUCAGGCAAGUGAACCAUUAUUUUAUAUAUAAUGGCCGAUAGCAAGCAUCCGCACAUCAUUUUCUGCAACGACUCACCCAAGAGGGUUUUGGUAUCUGUCAUCAAGACUCCGAUCAAACCCAGGAAGCCGGAAGCUCUGACACCGACGAGCCCAGGUUUCAGCGACUUCAUGGUCUACCCCUGGAAGUGGGGGGAGAACGCCCACAAUGUGACCCUUAGCCCGGGCUCAGCGAGCGGGGCCGCGUCCCCAACCGGGUCACACACAGCCAGGGAGGCGGACACUGGUCUGUCUCCUGAUCAGAUCAAGGAUGGUAUUCGCAGAGGCCGGCCACGAGCAGACACAGUCCGGGAGCUGAUAAGCGAGGGCGAGACCUCCUCCAGCCGCAUUCGGUGCAACAUCUGCAACCGGGUGUUCCCCAGAGAGAAGUCCCUACAGGCUCAUAAGAGGACACACACGGGAGAGAGACCCUAUCUGUGCGACUACCCUAACUGCGGGAAGGCGUUUGUCCAGAGCGGUCAGCUGAAGACUCACCAGCGGCUGCACACCGGAGAAAAGCCCUUUGUUUGCUCAGAGAAAGGAUGUGGCAGUCGGUUCACCCAUGCCAACCGUCACUGCCCCAAGCAUCCUUUCUCGCGUCUGAACAGAGAGGAACCGAAGGCAAGUCUGGGAAAGGCUCAGUCUGUGGAUAACAAGGCGGUGGCAGAGUGGCUGGCUAAGUACUGGCAAACCCGCGAGCAGCGUGCUCCCACAACCACCAAGAUGAAGCCACAGGGCAAGGCGAGACCAGAGGACCAAGAGCAGCAGGAUCCCAUGGAGUUCCUCCAUUCUGACGAGGAGAACGGAGAAGAGCAGGAGACCGUGGAGGAGGAGAAGGGUAAUCAGGGCGGGGCAGCCAGGCGACGCCUUCAGGAGCAGAGAGAGCGUCUCCACGGUGCUCUGGCCCUCAUUGAGCUGGCCAACAACCUGUCUGCCUGAGGACCCUCCCUACCCAGGACUCCCUAAACCUUCUCUAAUCUGCCUUCCUGCAGUAUGUGCUGUAGCUAAAAGUUCUUCAUAAACGCAGAUCAACGCCUAGUUUAGUUCACUUUAUAAAGUUGUAAAACCUUACUUAGAGAAAGAAGCUGACUUGGCCUGAGAUCAGUGUUAAAGCACAGAAUACCCUCCCCUCAGCACCAGGAAGGCACAAGCUAAAGCACCUUACUCAGCUUCCAUUUUUACCUUUUGGCUGCUAUAAAUGUAGGUUUGACAACAUGAAGAAUGUCUCUUUCCUCUGUCUUCUAAAGGCAAAGAAAGAAUACCUGUUAUGUUUUAAUUUGAUUUUGUUUGCACUUUGGUAACGAGUCUUUUUUUUUAAGUAUAUUGUGGGAAUUAGUGUAUGACUGAUGUGUGUGUGUAUAUAUAUAUAUAUGUGUGUGGAUUAAGCUCAGAUGGACAGAAUGAUGCAGGGUGUGGUCCCAGAUCCAGCUGUCAGAUGGCCCCUGUGAACUGAGAAAACGAGAUAGUUUUGGCCCAACUGUUACUACUCUGUUCAUAAACUGGGCGAGCAUUGACAAAGUUAGACGUAAAACAAAGCACACGAGAGGCAAUCGUUGCAAGCCUAAUCCAGAAGUCUGAUCAUGCAGAAGCUUUUUAAAACUAACUGAAAAACAAUCAGCCCCUGGUGUCCAUCUGUUAAUGUUGCCAUGUUCUGCAAACAUGAGCAAACAAAGUAGUUGUCCAUAUCCUGUGUUCUUCACUUGAUUCAUGCAUAUUCUAUGACUGUUAACAAUGUUUUCCUUGUCACAUUUAGGCAUGGGUCAGUUACAAAUUAAGGUUUUCAAAGGAUACGUUUUCAAUAAGAAAAUAAUGUUUCGAUUUUCCGUCAAACCAUCCCUGUAGUUUAAAGACCUUUAAAUGAGUUGCUAGAGAGCGUGCCCGACUGCCCUUACCCUACCUGUUGCUGUGCACUGUCAGUCAGCUGGUUGAAAGAAGGCCCCUAGAUUUUUUCCUUGUCUGGAAGAAAAGCUAAUUCUAAAAAAAUACAGACAGUUGAUAAAACCACAGCUGGCAACCUAGGAAAAAAUGCCACGGUGCAUAGAAAACUGCUGCUAUCACUGCCUGCUGCUGCACACUGUCAGUCAGCUGCCUAAAGGAAGGGUACUACUUUAUUUUUUUUCAUGUCUAAAAGAAAUUGUUACGAGCAUUGGCCACCAUUCUUUAUUAAGGCAUCGCUGUUUUAAGGCUGCAGUAUGCGGGUGCUUGGAAGAAGUACCAGACACUGGAGUUUCCUCGGUCUCCCCACCUGUUGCUGCAUAUCGCCAGUCAGCCGGCCGAAAGAAGGUUAUUGCAUUGUAUCCCUUGCUAAGAUGAAAGACAACUUCAGUUGUUUGGAAAUAUUUCCAAUCACAAAUAAUAUGGAGAGUCGUGUGAAUUAAGGAAUAGGCUUAACACUGUUGUAUAGCUACAGCUGGUUAGCUAUGAGCGGACAAAAAACGGGCCGGAGCGACCCGGAUUUUCUCAGGACACGGGUUAAUGCCAUGCUUCUUGUCCUCAACUUUCCGCUUUGCACUGUUGGUCAGCCAGAAGAAGAAGACUGCACUUUCUUCCUUCUAUGAUAAAGGAAGACCUGAGCAGAACAGAUUGACCAUUUGACCAGAUAAUAUUAGCUUUUACCCUAUUGUACUGACAAAAAAGGAUACGCACUUGAACUACUACUUAAUCCUUUCUUAAAAAUGAACUAUAGUAUUUUCUUUCAAGAUUUAUUUACAGUGAUAAUCUAAAAUUGGCCCAUGCCUGGUCACAAGUGAAACCUGCUGGCAAAAAAGUUAUUUUCCAACCCAACAGAAGAUGUUCUCCACGUGAUGAGCUGUCAUCUCUUAUAUUAAAAGCUGACAGGUCAGAUGUGGUACUGAUGUGGCAUCAUGACAGUGUGGCAAUUCUGACGUCUCAUUUUAAUUUGUUAUAUUUAUUUCACUUUGUCCUUUUUUUUUUUUUUUUUUUUUUGCUGACAUCUUGUUCAUAUCUUCCAGUCCUGAAAUCAUUAUUUAAUAGUGUGGCAAAUAAAUCAAAAGUUUGUAAAACAUCAAAGUCACGAUUAAGCACUUAGCUGCCGUAAUGUCUCGGAUUAAGCUUGCAAUGCAGAAAAGAUUCGAUUUGUUUGCGCAGGAGGUGUUUUUUCAAUUUUCAUAAACUGAUUUGAGUGUUGCUGGGUGGUUUUGGAUUUGUUUUCCCCCCUUUUUUGUAUUUAUUUUUUCUUUAUGCGACACUACAUCUUUUAACACUGUACGAAGCUCCUCGCCGAUGUUCUGCCCCAUUUGGUUUAGGGAAAGCCUCACCCUAGCUGUGCUCCUUCAAUCUGGUUUCAAGAGGCAAAAUAAUCUGAGAGAGGAGAAAGCCAAAUGAUUUAAAGAGCCAAUAAUAUAUUUGGAAGCGCCUCAACCCCUUAGUCUGUUGUUUGGUUUGAUUAAGUUAAGGCAUUUAAUAUAUAUAUAUAUAGUUUUUUUUUUUUUUUUUUUUUAGAAAACAAAAUGAGUAUGCACACUAUUUACAGAAAGCUUUGAAGGUUUAAUUUUAGUUUCAGUUUUUUGCUUCUGCUAACAUCCUUCAGCAGCAUCUUUCAUAUUUGACAGUAUAGAGAUCCUUCUUGCUGGUAGAUGUUUUUAUUUACAUGUAAACAAACGAUUUUUUUUUUCUGGCAGGCUGUCCACACUGUUAUCUCAUUGUUGAUCAUCAAUAAACAUUCACUGAAUCUGA